UUGGCUCGUGAUAUUUACCAGCCCAGAGAUGCCAAUUCAAUCUGUAAACAUGUUGGAGUUCUGGAGUUUGGGAAUUCACUGCGAUAUGUCGCACUUGAAUGACAUCAUAGGUCAACGGAACUUCAUUCGUAUGGUGGGACACACUAGAGUGGUGAUCUUUUGAAUGAUAUAUCGGCCUGUCGUGUGUAUUAUAGAUUCAUUGGAUUCUAUUUCGUUCCCUUAUUUCCGCCAUAUUAUAGUGCAGAGAGCGAUAGGAAACACUGAGUCUUAUACUGCAAUAUGAAAAGGCCUCAUACUUUUUUGUUGAUUUGCAAUGGCAUGCAGGACAAAAAUAUUACAUCAAUAUGACAAUUUUGAGUGUAUUGCUUUUUUUGUAAAAUGGGUUCUUGCACUUAACCUUGGUUUCUUGUUCAUGUUUUUUUUAUUUUUUUUAAUGCCACCGAGCCUGUGUAUAUGAGUAUGUGGUUAUUUCUUAUUUGCUUUAAACCGUUUUGCUGUUUGGGUUAUAGUGGGUCUUUUAUACAUGCGUAGAACUAUGUAUUCUCCAAAAUGAAGCAUCUAUAUAUUCAGCAUGUAUUUUGUGCAUGUUUAAAAGAGCAUUUUUUGUCAUACAUCACGUUAGGAAGUGCGUGGACCUCUGUGUGCCCCCCCCCCCCCACCCCCAUUAUUCAAGUUACUCAUCCCUGCAUUAGAAUGUACAGCAGCUACAGCGUUGCCAGUCCGAUUUUACACUAGCAGGAUGUUCCCCUCUACGCGUAUUACCUAGAAGUGCAGUUUCCCUGGCGACAAGUCGCUCCUUGGAGGAGAUCACGUGGCUGCAAGUAAUAUACUGUUCGUAAGAGUUUUGUUCGUUCUAUAGUUCGUAUACCAACCGGAGAUGUUGGAACGGAGCUCCACGAACUACACUUCGGAGAACCUCACCAACACUUUGUUCACGUCCAAGUUGAGCGCCGCUGCUGACAUAUGCGUGGGACUUGCCAUCCUCUCAGUGGUGUUGCUAUCAGCUAUGGGUAACGGCAUAGUUCUGGUGAUCUGCUACCGCCGCCGCAAGAAGAUGGUGGGCUCUGAGCUUCUGUGCGUCAACCUGGCCGUGGUGGACUUCCUGUGCUGCAUCUGCUUCUACCCGCUCUCCAUCCUAUCAUCCUUCCACCACGCGUGGCUGGGGGAAUCUCUCACGUGCAUCUACUACGGCCUUGGCUGCUAUAUUUUUGGCCUGUGCAGCAUGUUCACCAUCGCCGCCAUCAGCUUCAUCCGCUGUGUUAAAACGUGCUACAGCUUGGUUUAUGCCGCAUGGCUGGAAAACGCCAACAUCAGGCUGGUGUGCUGCGUCAUCUGGCUGGUGGCGACGGUGUGGUCCAGCUUCCCUCUCUUCGGCUGGGGCGAGUACGUCCCCGAGCCCUACGGACUGUCCUGCACCAUCGCCUGGCGAGGCUACCACACCUCGGCCAAGGACGCCUUCUACGUCAUCUGCUCCUUCGUGUGCUUUACGCUGCUUCCCGUCUUGAUCAUCGUGAUGUCCCAUUGCCAGAUCCUCUACAAGGUGUCCCGCUUCUCCGAUUCUCUGUCGGCGCAAGGCAUCCAAAACAACCUACGGCAUGCUGAGAAACGACUCUCCAUGAUGUUUUUCUGCAUAAGUCUCGGCUUUGUCAUCGCCUGGGCGCCAUACGCCAUUGUGUCCUUCCUCUUCAUAUUCCACAAGGAAAACCACUACAUGGCUCCCGAGGGCUUUGUUUUUCCCACCCUCUUUGCCAAAAGUUCCCACAUCUAUAACCCGUUUAUUUACUUUUACUUCAACAAGACCUUCCAGAAGGAACUCAGGUCCCUGCUGGUCUCUUUCUUUCCCAAAAUGGGAGUGAAUCGGGUCGGUGUCCAUGCCGCUUUGAGCCACCCGGCCCCCGACCCCGUCUACAUCCAGCUCCAGGAGGAAGUCCCCAUCCGUAAGGCGUUUGCUUCAUCUCGCGGUCAGACUCGGGGCAAAAGCUCAGGCAAAGACAGUCGAGGCACCGGCGGUAACCAGGUCCAGGAAAGAUUGGUGCACACCUGCUGGGGGUCCACGUCAAAGAACCCCAACAUUCUCUUGAAAAAUAAAGCUGAAAACAAUUCUUUGCCUGGCUGUGAGAGCUCCAUCUAGACAAAGCAAAAGCCCCGAGACGCAAACAAAGCGGCGUCGUCGCCUUUCAAGUGUAUAGAACCAGCCAGUGAAUUCAUUCGGCGUAUUUAACAGCCUUUUUCUCGCAUUCCCUUUCAGCGCAAGGUGCGCUGUUACUUCUUUUGGGUGAUUCACAGAUGCGGGCACCGGCAGAUUAGGUCAAGGUUACAGGAAUUUAUUAAUUCAUUUCUUUGGAGUUUUAACCACAACAAAAUCGACGCACGAUAUUUAUCAUACACGCAUUGUAGCUGUCCAUCAUGUUUGCCGGAUACUCAUUCGCA